AUGACCAAGGGGUCUGAGUUCACGCCUGUAGAAAGAGGCCAGAUUUGUGGGCUUCGCGAGGCAGUCCAGGCCAUUUAUGGCUCCACCAGCAGCAAGCUUAAGAUCAAGCGUUGUCUGAUCAUCCUGGGCAUUGCAACUGCAGUCAUUUUGGCUGCAUUAAGUGUGUGGUGGCUAUUCUUCGUCGACCACGAGGCUGCGUCAGUCGAAUUCAUCUGUGGUGACACUAAGAACGAGGCCGGGUACAUCAACCUACCCAACAAGAACGACGACCAUUACUUCUACUGGUUCUUUGAGGCAAAGCACAAUGCGAGUACCGCGCCCCUGGUCAUUUGGUUGACGGGGGGGCCCGGGGGGUCAAGUCUACUGGCGCUAUUCAAAGAGAACGGUCCGUGCCGUAUCCAACCAGACCUCACGACGAAAGUGCACCCGUACUCAUGGACAUAUGAAGCCAAUAUGAUCUGGCUGGAUCAACCUACAAGCGUCGGGUUCUCGUACAGUUCUGGAGGAGACCACGACUACAACGAGAAGGACGUGGGACGGGAGUUCUUUUUAACUGGUGAGAGCUACGGAGGACACUACGUCCCCGGAGCAGCACAUUACAUUUGGCAGCAGAACAAGAAGAACGACACUAACGCAAAGAAGAUCAAUCUGCAAGGCAUCGCAAUUGGCAACGGAUGGACGGAGCCAGCUGUGCAGCACCUGCACGCUCCUGAUAUGCUCGACAACUCGUACAACGUCACGCUGCUCGAUGAAGCGGCAGCUGAGCAAUUCAAGAUUGGCGCUGCUAAAUGCGCAGAGCUAACGCGCGAGUGCCAACAGUCUCUCACUGAAUCAUCUUGUGCCCAGUCGUACCAAUACUGCUCCGAUCACGUUUUUCUUGCGCUUUCCGCCAACCAAACUGGUCGUAACCCGUACGACAUAAGGGAACGCUGCGACUGGGUGGACUUUGGUUUUUGCCACGGUGUGCCACUUCUCGAGGAAUUUCUCGCGCAAGAUUCAGUGCACAAGUAUCUGAACGUGGAUCGUGACUGGGUCGGGGGCAGUGACGAAGUGGGCGACAACUUCGUCGCAGACUACAUGCAAUCGUUCGACAAUUAUGUAGCAGAUCUACUGAACGAUGGCGUUCGAGUGCUUCUAUACGUCGGUGACGCUGAUACGAUGUGCAACUGGUCGGGUAACAAAGCCUGGAUCGACGCACUCGAGUGGAAAGGCAAGGAGGAAUUCAACGAUGCAGAGGACAAGUCGUUGAUGACACAAGACUUGCUUAACCCAGAUGCUGCUCUUUUGAAUGCUGGCACUGCGAGAACUUUCGAGAACCUCGCUUUAGUGCGCAUUUUUAACGCAGGCCACAUGGUGCCGACGCACCAACCUGCCGCGUCCUUAGAUCUCAUAACUAAGUUCUUCAAGAAUGAAGUGCUUGGAUAA